AUGCUGCCUUCCAGCGGUGGCUGUGAAAAAGAAGAAAAUCUCUGUCGAAUAAUUGAAGCUGCUCUAGUUGCCGAUUACUUGCAAAUGCCUCGCUUCAAAAAACAGCUCGUGAGCUGGUUUCAGGAGUUACUUUCUUUAGCCUGUGAUAGUCUGUCGCCCUGCCUUGCCCAGACCCAUCGUUGCAGCUUCUUCGCUGAUGCGCUGACCAUCCUCUCCGACCGCCGUCUGCACGAUCUUAAAAAAGUACUAGUAGAAUACCUCUAUCGUCUUCCCCAGUUUUUCCUCAGUCCACGAUAUGCUGCUGCGCUGGACAUUACUCAGUCCUCGAGGCUAGUCGUACGAUGGUUAUCCUCAGACAAGCUAUACUUCAAUUCGGAGGAUGAACUUGUUGAUAUUGUGAGCGAAUGGAUUCACCAACUAUCCUGUCAGUCCAAACGGCGUUGUUUAUCCAACGAACGUCGUUGUGAACUCCUGCUCAGGUUAACUUCUCCGCUUAGAUUGGGCCUCCUCAGUUGGUGCGGCCUGCAGACCCUUAUUUCUCUCCUGAAUGAACACCUGGCUCUGGUGCCGGAGCACUUCUCCCUGAAUUGUCUCCUCCUGGUCUCGCAAGCGCUGAUAGCG